UAUAACUGCUUCACCGUCGUGAUGCUUGAUUUUGUCAUUUUCGCGUUUACUGCUAUCGUCGGGCUAAUAAUCAUUCUCGUUUUUCUCCUACCAGGACCCGGAAAGGAGGAAAGCGAAAACAAAGAAAGUGCGAACAACAAUGGAAUACCGGGUGCAAGAAAGACGGAUGAAAAACUCGGCAAUUUGGGAGACAUAGCAGAAGCCGGCAGUUUACAUCAAUAUCUAUUAAAUUUACACGACAAAUACGGCCCAUUAGCCUCAUUCUGGUGGAACGAAAAACUAGUUGUCAGUCUAGCGUCUCCAGAACUCUUCAAACAGACAAGCAGGCUUUUUGAUCGACCUGUUGAUUUGUUUAAAAUGUUUGAGCCACUGAUUGGUGAGCAAAGUAUCCAGUAUGCUAAUGAAGAGGAGGGCAAGUGGCGACGUCAGAACUAUGAUGUCAGCUACAGUCAUGAUGCUGUCAAUGAGAUGAUACAAACAUUUAACAAGAUGGCUGAAACUCUUGUGAAUGAUUGGCGUUCAUAUCCAGCUGGAGAUCACAUUCCUAUCCACCAACAGUUAGUCGACAUAGCAAUAAAGACAAUCAUCCAUACUUCAUUCGGAGAUUUCUUCAAAAAUGAGGAGGAAGUACAAUUACUACGACAGAAUUACAACACAGUGUGGUCUGAUAUGGAGGAUAGACUUGGUGGUAGUCACCCUGAAGAAGGAUCAGAGAGAAUGGAGAGAUUCACAAAAGCUCGGCAGUGGAUCCACGAUCUUGUGGAGCGUGUUGUUGCUCACCGGGAGAAGAGCACAGACUCGUUCAGCAAAUUUGUAUUUAUCGACAAUCUGAGAAACCUCAUGGAAGUCUCAGAUCCAAGAUUAUCCUGUGAUGCUGUUUCUUUCAUGAUCGGCGGCUUCCACACGAGCGGAAACAUGUUGACUUGGGGGUUGUAUUUCCUUGCCACUCAUGACGACGUCCAGCAGAAAUCGUACGAAGAAGUAGAAAGCGUUAUUGGUCAUACAGGCCAGGUGACACAAGACGGCAUCAGUCAAUUAAAGUAUCUCAAGCAGGUGAUUGAUGAGACGCUUCGUACAGCCGUUGUAGCACCGUGGGCUGCACGUUACGCACAUGAAGAUAUUGAGCUGAAUGGAUACACAAUACCCAAGGAGUCUUCGAUGAUCCAUGCCCUUGGUGUCGUCUUACAAGAUCCUGAAAUAUGGCCCGAUCCAGAAGAAUUCGAUCCCGAUCGUUUCUCACCCGACGCCAGCAAAGACCGUCAUCCCUAUGCCUUUCAACCAUUUGGAUUUGCAGGAAAACGCAAAUGUCCCGGCUACCGAUUCUCCACUGUAGAAGGCAUCGUCGUACUGGCAAAGAUACUACAACAGUUCAAGUUGGGAUUUCCGGAGGGUCAAUUGGUUGAGCCAGUAUACGGGCUAGUGACAAGCCCCAAGGAAGAACUAUGGAUCACAGCUACUCCAAGAGAGUAACUCUCUGCAAUGUCACAUUUAAAUCAACAGCUACUACUAAUUGUGAAGGUUGGAUCACAAUAGAUAAUAGAUAGAAAACGAGUGACGAUUAUAAGUUUUGUCAGUUUGAUUUGCUGCAGAAAUUUGCGAUUUUUUGACAUGUUGGUACUUUGUGUUUUGUGAGAAGAUGUACUGUACACGAUUUGUUGUUUUGUUGGCAUGCAGUUUGGAGUAUUGAAAUGUGAUGACAAUACAGGCUGUAGAGCUGCUGAGUAUGA